AAUGUGUAUUCGGUGGGGUAUUCCCCAAAAAAUCAAAUCAAAAAUCCUCCUCCCCGCAUAAAUCAUAAUCACGCGCUCUCUCUACUUUUAAUACUUUUUCUUUUUUCACACACAUAAAUAUACGCAACACACUUUUUCGCUGUUCCCUCUUAUUUCACCCUUUUUCGCUCUCUGCAAUUCGAAAAACAGCCUAGGGUUUUUCUGCUCUUCUCCUAUCAACUGUGAGAAGAAAUGGGGCAACAAUCGUUGAUCUACAGCUUCGUUGCUCGAGGAACGGUGAUUCUCGCUGAGUAUACUGAAUUCACUGGAAAUUUCACUAGUAUUGCAUCGCAGUGUCUCCAGAAACUUCCGGCUUCGAAUAAUAAGUUUACUUAUAACUGUGAUGGACAUACUUUUAACUACCUCGUUGAUGACGGCUUCACAUACUGUGUUGUUGCUGUGGAAUCUGUUGGCAGACAGGUUCCAAUUGCAUUUCUGGAGAGAGUUAAGGAUGAUUUUACCAAGAAAUAUGGUGGAGGCAAAGCUGCUACAGCUGUUGCUAACAGCUUGAACAAGGAGUUCGGGCCCAAAAUGAAGGAGCAGAUGCAGUACUGUGUUGAUCAUCCAGAGGAAAUCAACAAGCUUGCAAAGGUGAAGGCUCAGGUUUCAGAAGUUAAAGGUGUGAUGAUGGAAAACAUUGAGAAGGUCCUGGAUCGCGGGGAGAAAAUUGAACUUUUGGUGGACAAAACUGAGAAUCUUCGCUCACAGGCACAAGAUUUUAAGACACAAGGAACAAAAGUGAGGAGGAAGAUGUGGUUGAAGAACAUGAAGAUCAAGCUUAUAGUCCUGGGCAUCAUUAUUGCCUUGAUUCUGGUCAUAGUUCUUUCAAUAUGUCAUGGCUUCAAAUGUCAUUAAUUGGUGGUCCUUUUUUUUGUUUUAAUAAACCUGGCUAUUGAACUAUAAUUCUUAAUAUUUCUAGCAGUAAAAUGCCCGUUCCUUGUAAUUCUAUUUGUUUUUUGGAUGAUACAUUUUACUUUAUGCUGGGAAGGUAUGAUGAACAGUGCCUGUAUAGCUUGUCAUGCUGAAAACUGACUAUACUGCUGAAAGCUCGUCUUUGGGAGCUCGUUAGCUCGCCUGAAAAAUCUAUUGAAUGGUCCAUUGCUGUA